AUGUAUCCUCCACAGUAUAGAGAUGAUCAAGAUUCCUGUGAUGACUAUGGCGCAUCAGUGUGUUCCGAGCCAUCGUGUGCUCCAUCGGGAGCAUCAUAUGACCCCUGUCACUCUGUGAGCUCCAGCUCUGCGGUGGACUGCUCUGGUACAUCAUCGCAGCAAUACUGUCCCCCUGCUCAAAAGUACUGCCCUCCUGCUCAGAAGUACUGCCCUCCUGCACAAAAGUACUGCCCGCCUCAGCAGAAAUAUUGCCCUCCAGCCCAAAAGUACUGCCCUCCUGCUCAAAAGUACUGCCCGCCUCAGCAGAAAUAUUGCCCUCCAGCCCAAAAGUACUGCCCUCCUGCUCAAAAGUACUGCCCGCCUCAGCAGAAAUAUUGCCCUCCCGCCCAAAAGUACUGCCCUCCUGCUCAAAAGUACUGCCCUCCCGCCCAAAAGUACUGCCCUCCUGUACAAAAGUACUGCCCGCCUCAGCAGAAAUAUUGUCCUCCUGCCCAAAAGUACUGCCCUCCAGUCCCAAAAUGCUGCCCGCCUCAGCAAAAAUAUUGCCCUCCCGUCCAACGGUACUGCCCUCCCGUCCAACGGUACUGCCCUCCCGUCCAACAGUACUGCCCUCCAGCCCAGACAUGCUGCCCGCCGCCUCAGCAGACCUACACACCGGUUGGAGAGCCCGAGAUCUGCCAGAUACAACAAGUCUGCCAAGCGCCACCACAUCUUCUGAAGAAGUAG